AUGUCUAGCUUUUCAUUUUUUAAUCAAUCUAAAAGUAAGCAGCAAGGCAAUGUAACAACUAGUCGUUCUUCUUCCUUAAACUCUAAUAAUUCUAUUCAUGAGAACGACACCAACAAUAAUGAAAUUAAAAGAGAAAGCGGAGAAGAAAGUGAAGCUGACUUAAUGGCAAACACCCAAAUUAAAUUAAAUUCUUCAAUUGCUGUCCGACCUGACGAUAUUACGAAUAACAACAAUAAUGUCGAUAUAAUGUUAGAACAAACAAGUGGUGUCGUUUCUUCGGUAUCACCACAAACAAUUUCUGGAGGGGAAAAUAGGGUAACAACAAGUUGGGUUUGGACACAUUUGAAGAAGGAUGAAUUACAAAAAUUGGUAUUAUGUCAAGUACCAGUAUUCAAUAAAGAAGGGGAGUCGGUACCAUGUGCACAUCAAUUUCAAAUGUCAACGAGUACUAGUAAUUUGGCAACACAUUUACGAAGUCAACAUCAAAUAUAUGAUCCAUCAAAAACAUCAGCUCCUAACAUCGCUGCUUCUGUUUCUGCACCUGCUUCUUCAAUCAACUCCAAUAUUACUAAUAAUCCAGCGUCUCCAUCUGUCGCUGUUCCUACAAAUGAAUUUCAUGGUAACAGUGCUGCCACUGUUAACGCCACUUCUGGAAUCAAUUCAAUGUCGUCUUCCACUCCGAUAAUAAUGAGAUCACCGUCAUUACAAAUGCCCUCCUCUAUUGCAAUGCCGUCAUCUCAUCACCAAGUUCAAAUUCUUCAACAACCCUUAAAUCAACAACCAACACCACCACAACAGCAUCAAUUAUUAAUACAUCCAUCUUCUUCAAUUCCUUUCCCAUAUCAACAACAGUCUUCAUCUUCACAUAUUCCACUUCAACAUCCACUUUCAACUAUUUCAAUUUCACCAUUGACUAACAAAAACAAUAAUAGUAAUAGAAAUCAUAGUGACGAUACUGAUGACGUUAAUAACGCAUCUACUACUGUCACUUCUACAAAUAUUGCAGGGUCUCCGAUACAGAAUCAAUCAUUUGCACCACCACCACCUCCUCCUGAGCGAAUAAAAAUGCACAAUAAAGACAAACAAAAUCGAUUAGUUGCGAAAUUAGUGGCCUGGUUAGUUGAGGAUUCACAACCUUUUAAACUUAUCGACAACCAAAAAUUUCGUGAUUUUUGUCAAGAGAUGGAUCCAAGAUUUAGUUUUCCUUCUAUAAACUCUUUAAAUACAUUUACAGAAUUGGGUCUUGGUGAUUUUAUACAAUCAACUCCGUCAACAUCAUCUUCUUCGUCAUCAACAAAUGUUUUAGUGCCAGUAAAACGCCCGACUAAUGCAUUAUCAACACCUUCAACUCAUAGCAACACUUCAGCAAUUGAAGGAAUUGCAUCUCCAUCUAAACGACUCAAAUCUACCAGUAGUUGGGUUUGGAAUCAUUUAAGAAAAGAUGAUUCAACCAAAAUUGUCACGUGUCAAGUUGUUGUGUUGAAUGAGAAAAAUGAGGAGGUUCAAUGCGGUCAUCUGUUUCAAUAUUCAACAAGCACAAGUAACUUAGCCUCUCAUUUACGUGGUACUCAUCGAAUUCUCGAUGCAAAUACUCCAUAUACUCCGAUCCGUGCUGCUACUACUCGUACAAAUGCAACGAAUGCUUCUACGACUUUUCGUACACGUUCAACUUCUCGUAAUAGAGGAACAGCAUCAGCAUCAUCUCAGUCAUUUGAUUGGUCGUCAUCAAGAAAUACCAAUAGCUCGUUAUCAUCAUAUCAGCAUCUUGCUACAAAUCUUUCCACAUCCCGAAUGCAUCCUAAAGAGAAACAAGACAGAUUAAUCUUUAAAUUAGUGGCAUGGAUGGUGGAUGAUUUGCAGCCUUUCAAGUUAUUGAAUAGUGUUAAAUUUCGUGAGUUUUGUCAUGAUAUGGAUCCGAAAUUUGCAUUCCCGUCAAUCGAACAUGUCCAACAAAUCAUUAUUGACUCGGCAAAUGGAAUCCAAGAAAAACUAGUUCAUCUUAUUCAAAGAAGCAUGAUCUCUUUUAGCUACACAACUGAACUAUGGCCAAAUGACCAAAAUUCUUUUAUUGCAGUAUAUGUUCAUUGGAUCACUGAUAAAUUCAUUCAGAAAAAAGCCUUACUAGGUGUAGGUACUUUGCCUAUCAAUCCUACCGAUGAACAUUUAUCCCAAGCUUUGAAAAAUCUUUUCGAUAGAUGGCAAAUAUCCGAUAAAUUACUUGCGACAAUUAAUGAUGACAAUGAUUCAAAGAUAAAUCAUCAUUCUCUUAAAGCGGAUCAUGUUCUUUGCGCUGCACACAUUAUCAAUACCUCGAUUGAAUCGGGGUUAGCAAAAUGCGACCACAACCUAAAGAAAGCUAUAGCACUUAAUGACUUUUUAGUGCAUAGAGUAGAUAAGCAUCGCGAUAGAUUCUUUAGAAUCCAGGCAAUGGUACGAUCAGAUAAACCAAUAGAACAAGCAAUCAAACAAGAAUCGGGAAAUUGGAAUUCUAUUUACUUGAUCCUUGAACGAUUAUUAACGCUUAGAUCUGCUACGGAAAAACGAGAAGAAGCGGCAAAAUUGUUAAAAGAAAAAGUGGAAGCUUUUGGGGAUGUCGAUAUUCCAGUUAACAUAAUUAAGAAACCAUCAAUUGAUUAUCGUAAUCCUUUGGCAGCAUUCUUUGACGAGGAUCUUACUUCCUCUGCCAAUAAAACAGAAGUUGAUCUCUAUUUACGAUUACCGGAACUGGCAAAAAAUGAAAAUAAAGGUUCGCUUGAAUGGUGGCUGGAAAAUGCUUCGAAAUUUCCCAGACUUGCAUUGCAAGCACGCAUUUAUUUGGGAAUUCCUGGUACUUGUGUUCCUGCGAGACGUGUUUUCUCCGAAGAUUCCGAACAAAAAGCUUUAUUAAAUGGAAAAAGACAGCAACUUGAUCCCAAUUUUGUGCACUAUAUUAUGUUAUUUAAAGAAAAUUCAAUACUGUUUGAAAAUAAGCCUUAUUCUUUGUAUUUUAAUUAA